CUUCACUUCUUCGUUCUGCUGCUUGCUUGCUGCUCUUCCUCAGUAUCGCUCGGUGGCUGCUGAUCCCUAGCCUCCGGCUUGUUCCGCCUCCGCCGCUCCCUCUCUCGUCGAUCUCCGACUGCGACUGCAUCUCCUUUCUUCCCCGGUUACCCCUCGCCACUGCCCGGAAGAUCUCGGAAAGGACAACUUCUGAGGAACUCCUGAAUCUCAGUGAGCACCGAGAGCUUCUUCAAUGGCGGUCGAGAGAAUCUUUAAGGAUGAAGCCAGUGAAGAGAAAGGCGAGCGCGCCAGAAUGGCGUCCUUCAUUGGAGCCAUGGCGAUUGCCGACUUGGUUAAGACCACUUUGGGGCCUAAGGGAAUGGAUAAAAUUCUGCAAUCAACUGGCCGAGGGCGUGAAGUUACUGUCACCAACGAUGGAGCAACUAUUCUGAAGUCGCUUCACAUAGACAACCCUGCAGCUAAAGUCCUUGUCGAUAUCUCUAAAGUUCAAGACGACGAAGUUGGCGAUGGUACCACCUCUGUGGUUGUUUUGGCUGGUGAACUCCUGAGAGAGGCAGAGAAGCUGGUUGCUGCCAAGAUCCAUCCCAUGACCAUCAUAUCUGGCUACCGGAUGGCUGCAGAAUGUGCUCGCAAUGCUUUAUUGCAGAAGGUUGUGGAUAACAAAGAGGAUGCAGAGAAAUUUAGGUCGGACCUGAUGAAAAUUGCAAUGACUACACUGAGCUCCAAGAUAUUGUCUCAAGACAAGGAUCAUUUUGCUAAACUAGCUGUGGAUGCUGUCAUGCGAUUAAAGGGUAGUACAAAUUUAGAAGCCAUCCAGAUAAUUAAGAAGCCAGGUGGAUCUCUGAAGGAUUCCUUCUUGGAUGAAGGGUUUAUUCUUGACAAGAAAAUCGGAAUUGGACAGCCGAAACGUAUAGAGAAUGCAAAUAUUCUUGUAGCAAAUACUGCUAUGGACACAGACAAAGUAAAGAUAUAUGGGGCUCGUGUUCGUGUUGAUUCUAUGGCUAAGGUUGCUGAGAUUGAGGGGGCUGAGAAAGAGAAGAUGAGGGAAAAGGUGCAAAAGAUCAUAAACCAUGGGAUUAACUGCUUUGUCAACAGGCAGCUGAUCUACAAUUUCCCAGAAGAACUAUUUGCAGAUGCAGGAAUACUGGCAAUUGAGCAUGCUGACUUUGAUGGUAUCGAGCGCCUAGCCCUGGUUACUGGUGGUGAGAUUGCAUCAACCUUUGACAAUCCAGAGUCAGUCAAACUCGGUCACUGCAAGCUCAUUGAGGAAAUUAUGAUUGGUGAAGACAAAUUGAUUCACUUUUCUGGGGUUGAAUUGGGUCAAGCAUGCACUAUAGUUUUGAGAGGUGCAAGCCACCAUGUCCUUGAUGAGGCGGAGAGGUCCAUCCACGAUGCCCUUUGUGUGCUGUCUCAAACGGUGAAUGAUAGUCGGGUUUUGCUUGGUGGUGGGUGGCCCGAAAUGAUAAUGGCCAAGGAGGUGGAUGAACUUGCUCGUAAGACUCCUGGGAAGAAAUCCCAUGCAAUUGAAGCCUUCUCGAAGGCACUUUCAGCCAUUCCUACCAUUAUUGCAGACAAUGCGGGCUUGGACAGUGCUGAGCUUGUGGCUCAGCUCCGCGCUGAGCACCACAAGGAAGGAUGCACUGCUGGGAUAGACGUCCUCACAGGAGCUGUCGGGGACAUGGCUGAAUUGGGCAUCUCCGAGUCCUUCAAGGUGAAGCAGGCGGUGCUGCUCUCUGCCACUGAAGCUGCUGAGAUGAUCCUGAGGGUCGAUGAGAUAAUCACUUGUGCCCCUCGUAGGAGAGAGGACAGAAUGUGAGAAAUGGGAGCAUCAGAGUCCUCAGGUUUUUAGUUGCUUCCCGUGUCUCUCUGUUUUUUUUUUGGGUUGUGUCUGGAAUCAUAAAUUUUGUCCAAGAUGUUGUACUGGCUUCCAUUUUAUCAAAUUCCGUAGGGUAAUUCGAUCCAGGUGGAUUUUCUAAUGCUUUUAUCGUCAAAGGUUGAUCUGAAACCUGAAUCAAUUGAAUAUUGUCUGGGUUACUGAAGAUUCUGAUUGCUUCGAUGCCUUUUGUUUUCUUUCCCCAAA